AUGGCAUUGUUCUAUUCUAUUGGGCUGCUUUUUCUGACUAAAUUUUGUAUUGCUCAAUCCGAUCAAAGCGAUGAGAUUGAUACAGUCGGACUAAAUGCUGCCAAUGAAGUCUACAACGAGAUAUUCAAUGUACGGGGUUAUAAUCGAUUCCUAUCACCAAUCUCCACUAGGAAGACUAACAGUUCCGGAGGCUCAAAAACCACGAAACUAAACAUCCACUUCGAUCUCUGGUACAUUAAAUUGAUCUCAUUGGACGCGCAAAGUCAAAUGCUGAGCAUUUGCCUAGAAUUGAAAACGUAUUGG